GAAGAUAGGAUAUUUGCUGUUGUAAGCUGUGCAAUUGCGUUGUUGAUUUUCCACUCCAAUUUUGUGACUGUUUUUCUCCAUUUUCCCGUGAAUUUUCACACAGAAAAUUUGCUGAAAAUAAUGUCGGAGGACAACUCUUGGCGUACUCCGUCAUUUCGUCAAAAUGUUGUGGCUAAAAUCAAUGAGGCAAUCCAGUCAUCGGGGAUGAACACCACCAAGUCCAGCAUUGAAAUGGAGAAUCAUGUCUUCGUGAAGGCACGCAAUAAGGAUGAAUAUUUGAGCUUUGUUGCGCGCCUCAUUCUUCACGUCCGGGAGAUGAAUACGAAGAAUAAAAUGCAGGGAAGUUGUGCAGGGGAGGUCAACAACACGAGCGGAAUGCCUGACCCAAUAAACGCCUUGCAGAAUCUCGCCAGUCAGGGUUCACGGCCACAGCAGCAGAUGAUGGGAAUGGGGGGUCCACAGGGUGCUGGUGGCCCUAUGGGGGGUCCAGGUGGACCCCAAGGAAGCAAUAUACCCGCAUCGAAUCUCCUGCAGACACUCACGCAGCAACAGGCACCAAUGCAGGGUAUGCAGCAGAUGCAGAAUCAACGUCCGGGUGGAGGUGGUCCAGGUCCGAUGCAGAAUCAAAUGGGAGGCGGUGGGCAGAUGGGCAUGGGAAUGGGAGGAAUGAAUCAGGGUGGAGGUGGAGGACCACCAGGGCCGGGUGGUAUGCCCAUGGGGCCGGGAAUGAAUGCAGGAGUUGGACCAGGAGGUGGCCCAGGGGGUCCUGGAGGCCCUGGACCGAUGCAGAUGAAUCCGGGUGGAAUUCAGGGGCAACCGGGGCAGAUGGGUCAAAUGGGGGGUAUGGGGCAGAUGGGAAUGAAUCCGGGGAUGAGUCAGGCACAAAUGGGGAAUGCCAUGACACCUGUCAGCAUGAGCCAGGCAGGUGGGAUGGGACCCCAAGGAGGCGGACCAAUGGGUGGGCCGAUGAAUGCGGGCCCAAUGGGAGGAAUGGGCCCUAUGGGACCCGGAAUGAUGGGCCCCAUGACAACGGGAGCGAAUGUCGUGAUGCAACCCAAUCAGCAGGGCGGCAUGAAUCCCGCCAUUACGACCCAGGGCGGCGGAAUGGGGCCUAAUGCGGGACAAAUGAAUCCCGCCCAGCUUGUUGGGAUGCAGCAGAUGGCCCGGAAAGGUCCGGAAAUGAUGAUGACGCAGCAGGGAGGUGUUUUUCCGGGUGUACGAAGUGUGACGCCGAACCAAUUUCUGCGACAGAGUCCAUCCCCAUCGGUUCCGUCACCGGCGAGCAUGGGGCAGCCCCAUCAGCAGGGAAUGGUCCCCUCGCCCGCUAUGGUGCCAUCACCGAGCCCGCAGAGUAUGGCACAGGGUCCACCACGGAGCAUGGGCGUGAUGAGUCAAUCACCGAGCUCCACGCUCAAUACUCCCGGGCAGGCGUCCGUGUACAGCCCGUUGAAUCCGCAGGAGGAUCUUCUCUACCGCGAGAAGUAUCGGCAACUCACAAAGUACAUCGAGCCGCUGAAACGUAUGAUUGCUAGGAUGGUGAAUGACAAGAACAACGGGAAUCUCCAGAAGAUGAAUAAACUCCUUGAGAUCCUCUGCAACCCCAAUCAGCGCAUCCCCCUCGAGACGCUGCUCAAGUGCGAGAAGGCGCUCGAGAAGAUGGACUUCAAGACGAAUGUUUUGGGGCCUGUGAGUGCCCAGGGGGCCAAUGCAAAGGAGCACCCAAUCAAUAAUCCCCUCCUGGAGGCUGUCAGUGCUAAUCUUCAAAAUCCCAUUGGCAAUCAUACGCUGCAGCGCACCUUCCGCCCCUGUCUGGAGGCACUCUUCGGGCCAGACAUUAAGAAUCUUCCACCUCCGGCUAAGCAGGCGCGUCUAUCGUCUCCGGAGGAGCCUCCAGCAGCCACAUCAGGCCCCGAAAUUCCGCAUACCCUCCAGGGGGAAAUUGCACGCCUCGAUCAGAAGUUUAAGAUCAACUUGGACCCUUCUGCUCAAAUGGGCACGAAGACCAUCAAGCUGGUGUGCUGUCUGGAUGACAAAUACCUCCCCUGCGUCCCUCCUGUCUGUGUCAGCAUUCCCGAGGACUAUCCAAAAACAGGACCAACAUGCAAUCUUUUGGAGCAAGAAUACAAUGCAACGCCCUUCCUUGUGGCUAUUCAGAAGGCUCUCACAGCGAGAAUCUCCAAAUUGCCGAGAGAUUUUACUCUUUCGCACCUCCUGGAUUCGUGGGAGUUGUCCGUACGACAAGCAUGUGCCCCCGUUCAGGUUAAGCCAAGCCAGACGACUGUUCUCCUUGGGAUCUAAAGGGGACUAUACUCGCAAAAAAAGAAGGUAAAUACAUAUAACUAUGAUGAAUCUACUAAAAGACAAAGAUGGAGGUAAAUUUAAGGAACAAAAUGGAAAAAAUUAGAAUAGAUUAAGGACCAAAUAAAGGGCACAUAACACAAAAGCUUAAA